AUGCGCGCCGCAGUCCUCCACGCACCCGGCGGUCCAGAAGCUCUCAAACUCAAGAACCGCCCCAUCCCAAACCCCAAAUCAGGACAAGUCCUCAUAAACAUAAAAGCCUUUGGCCUCAACCGCUCGGAGCUCUUCACGCGGCAAGGACGCUCACCCCCCUCCGCUGUCACAUUACCCAGGAUCUUGGGAAUCGAAGCCACAGGUAUCGUUGCAUCAUGUCCCGCUGGAGAGUUCAAAGAGGGGCAAAGAGUAGCGACAUGCAUGGGAGGCAUGGGGAGACUGUUUGACGGCGGGUACGCCGAGUACUGCGUUGUUCCAGCAUCCCAAGUACAAGCGGUGAAAACGGAACUGGAAUGGGAGAUCAUGGGCGCGAUACCCGAGAUGUUGCAGACUUCUUGGGGGAGCUUGUUCAAGAGUCUUAAGUUGAAGAAAGGAGAUAGGUUGCUUGUGAGAGGCGGGACCACAAGUGUAGGGUUGGCUGCUGCGAGUAUUGCGCAUAACCACGGCUGCUAUGUCGCGGGGACAGCCAGGAGGAAAGAUCGUGAGGCAAUGAUGAAGAGUGCUGGAUGCGAUGAGGUGUUUGUUGAUGACGGCCACGUGUCCACGCAACUCCACGGGAAAGAGAAGUUCGACAAAGUUCUCGAACUAGUAGGCACGACGACGCUCCUCGACUCUCUUCAGUGUGUCAAGGAAGGAGGAAGUGUCUGUAUGACGGGUAUGGUGGGAAACGCGUGGGAACUGCAGAGCUUCAGCCCGAUGGAAGCGAUCCCUACAGCUGUUAAUCUUACGACGUAUGCUGGCGGACCGGACGAUUUCAUGGCAACGCCGCUGGAGGAGUUGUGCGUGCAGAUUAAGGAGGGAAAGUUGAGCGUUAAAAUCGGGAAGGUGUUUCGGCUUGAGGAGAUUGUGGAGGCGCAUCGGGUGAUGGAGGAGAAUAGCGCAGGCGGGAAGAUUGUUGUUCUGACCUAA